CAAGAAACCAGAGUAAAACCUUCUUGUUUCGACUGCAUCUUGUCAUCUCUCGCGUGUACCAGGUUCCAGAGACCUCCGCUGGAUAGACUGCGCGCAAUGGCUUGCAUUGGCGAACAAAACUUGGAGCAUCUUCAAUAUCCACAAUUCCCGGAUGUCAUCUCUCCAUCCUUUACUCGAGCUCGGCGCCCGGCGCUAAUUCCACCGACUUCAUCGCUUUCUCUCGCUGAGGCCGACGAGCUCGUCCGGACGAGAAUCCAUCAACCCCUCUUCCCUCCUCCUGAUCCGCUUCUUCUUGAAAAUAUCAGACCCGCAUCCCCGGCCAAUUCUACCAAAACCGCAAGCCGGGUCGCUGAAGCGCGACGAUCCCGCGAGAACUCACCCACAUCCAAUUACAACCACUCAGCGGAUACACCUGCCAUUCCGCCAGCGCUCGCGCGUGACCCUCGCCGUCGCAAUGCGUGGCUCAAAGCUCGCGCUCAAUAUGCGCGCGAUCGCGAGCUCCGCAGAGUCGUGACCGAUCCAAAUAUGGAAAGUUCUCCCGAACCGGAGGCCAUCACCAAAAACGCGCCAGCUGACUUCGGGCCCAAGCGUAAGCGUUCCGCUUUCGUUAAGGAACAAGAGCUGAAAUGCUUGAUUGAAGAUCGAGUCGGGACGCCACAUAUCAGCGAACUGCAAGCCGAUGAUGAUGUGAGCGCCCAGCUGAACGUGGAGGAACUGAAGGUGGGAGGAGAGGUGGCGGCGCUGGAUACAGCCGGAAUUCCUUUGAAGCAACUCGGUACCGAUGGUGUUACACCUAUUCCAGAAGAAAUUGAAAAGAGGAAUUGACGGUGGCGGGGUGGAAUCUUGCUUUUUCCAGUGUCUUUUGUCUUUCGGCGUUUAGUGGAAAAGGAGGACUUUAGCGGUUGCGGAUCUCUCUUUGUCUCCUGUCCUGCUAGACCAGUAUAUAGCUUCCCAGUUAAACUCGUUCGUACGUUGUUCUGCGA